CGCUGGAAGCAUUAUCAGGAAAAGGGAUCCAUUAGCACCGUCCAAUCUUACCGAUGCGCACAAGCGUGCCAUUUGCCAACGUCCCGAAACCUUGCAGCUUAGACGAUAGAAGAGAGAGCUCAUGGCGGAAAUGCGAUCCCUGGCCGGCACUGUAAAGAAUGCCCGAGAGCCUUUUCCGCACCUCUACCAAAGGCACGAAGCCGUCAAAAAAGAUCUGGCCAAACUUCGGAAAACCUUGGCAACCGAUACUCGUGAGACAGCUAGAAAGGAUUAUUUCCAGAAUGCACCCGUACUCGAAGUCGACAGACAGAUCAAGCAACUUCUCGGCGAAUCUGAUGUUGAAAGAUUUGAUGCUGAAAGUUCUGCUGAUGAAGACUGGGAGUUACCUACUCCAACAUAUGCGUUUCCCGAGCGGGCACGUCUUGUGGAAAACUUUUACGGCCCCGACGCAGAGAACUUUGAUGAGGACAAGCUACUUGCUCGACGCAUCCAGGUUACCAAGGACUUGGUUGCGCUUUUGCGGCUCUGCGAACCGAGCAGAUGUGGCAACCGAGUCAAUUGGAAUUUCGAUGAUGAGGAUGAUCUGCCUGAACAGCCACAAGAGCCCUCGUCUCCUGAGGAAGAUACUAUGAAAUGUCCAACGGAUAUCUGCAUGAUUUGUUGUGGUCUAUCUCGUCGUUCAGCAUCGAAUCCUCCUCCGCAUAAAUGCCCUCUCAAUUCGAGAUCCAGAGCCAUUAGUCGAAGCUAA